UCCUCCUUUCUCCCUUCCUCUCUCUCGCAAAUCAAUAAUCACAUCCUCAGGUAAGAAUGAAAAAAAAAAUGCCCUGGAUCUUGAUUUAAUUCCACCUGACCUGCAGAGAAAGUAUUGCAUUUAUAUAUUGACUUUAAAAACUCAUGUUGGCAAAAAGCCUAAACGAUCUCAAAAUUAAUAUAUUCAUUAAAAAUUAUCCAAACAGCAUACUUAAUUUCAAAAAUAUUUUGAUUUCUUAUUGUCAAUGCAGCAAAGAUUCCAGCAAUUGAUAAGCUUGUGAAGAAAAGGACUUCUGCAGUAACAGUUGAAGAUAUGGGAGGUGAAGUACAGAAUAUGCUGGAAAGAUUUGGAGCUAACAUUAGCAACGCUCUUAAUACAAAGAAAAAAAGACUAGCACUGUAUACCAAGAUUUCUCUCAAAACCAGUAACCAGAAAAUUGAACAUAUUUGGAAAACCCAACAAGAACAAAGGCAGAAGCUUAGCCAAGAAUAUUCUCAGCAGUUUCUGACUUUGUUUCAGCAGUGGGAGACAGAUAUACAGAAUUCCAAGAAACAAGAAGAAAAACUAGCUAAUUUAUUUCAACAGCAACAACAGAUUUUUCAACAAUCUAGACUUGGUCAGAGCCAGAGACUGAAAACAAUUAAACAGUUAUAUGAACAAUUCAAAAAGAGUAUGGAGGACUUGGAGAAGAAUAGUGAUACUCUAGUUACUGAUGCACAAAAUGAACUUAAAAAUGAAAUGGCUAUGUUGCAAAAACAAAUUAUGAUGGAUACUGUAAGUUAUGAUGUUAAAAUUGAAAAGUAA